AUGCUGAACAGGGCACGCUGCAGGCUCACCUGGACGCUGCGGAGGACACGAGCGCCGCUGUCAGCGAUCGCUCGUAGGUGCCACCGCACGAUGCGGUCACUGUCCUUGGCAGUUCAGAGCAAGAGGGCGAAAGAGCGGUCCCGCACUUUCGACCAGGCGCUGCUGGAGCUCCUAGUGGGUCCGCUCUCCAAGAAACCGCUCAGAUAUGAAGCCUCAACAAACGAAUUGAUUAAUGAAGAGUUGGGAAUAGCCUAUCCAAUCAUUGAUGGAAUUCCUAAUAUGAUACCACAAGCAGCUAGGACAACACAUCAAAAUAAGAAACAAGAAGAAACAGAGCAGCACUAG